AUGUCUGACGAGGCUGAUAUUGUAAGCAAAUUGAAGCAAGAAGAUAAGGCGGAAGGGGAAGACAUAAAAGAGAAAGUGAAAGAAGAAGAUUCCAGUAAAUUGAUAGAUGAUGCAGCUAGUGAAGAUGACGAGGAUAAUGGUGAUGGCGAUGGUUCUGAUGAUUCCUCUGAAGAUGAUGAAGAUGAUGAUGAAGAUGAAGAAGCCAUUCGGAAAGUUCGAGAGGGAUUUAUUGUUGAUGACGAUGAGGAGGAAGAUGGUGAUGAUAGCGGUAUCAAGCAUCACCGCCACAAGCACAAAAAGAGAAAGACCUCAAAUGAAGAAUUGGAUGAGGAUGAUUUGGAACUAUUAAGAGAAAAUGCUGGUGAAUUGCCUUCAGAAGUGACCGAACGAAGCAAAUUCAAGCGUCUCAAACGAGGAGGAGACGAUGUCAAUGAAGCUGAAACCGCUACCAAAGAACUUACAGAAAUGUUUUCCGAUGAGGAAAACGAAGAACAAGCUCACCCAGAAGAUGAAGGGGAAGAAGGAGAUGAUGAUCUUAUGGAGGCCUCGAGGAAAAGACAGCAACAGCGUGCAGGCAUGCCAGGAGAGUUCGACGAUUUCAUUGAAGACGACGAACUGAGUGAAGAUGAUGAAAAUAGAGACGAAAGAUUGGCAAGAAUGCGUUCUGCUAGAAGGGCCAAACAUAAUUUCACUGCAGGGUCUCAGAUAGAUCAGGAUAAAAUGGAUGAGUUAUAUGAGAUAUUUGGUGAUGGCGAAGAGUAUGCCUGGGCUUUAGAGGCAGAAAACGAGGACAUUGCCAACGAGGAGAAUGGCACAGAAUUGAGAGAUGAAGCUUCUGGCGAAACAGAUGACGUAGCAGCUGCUGCUUCUUCCGAGCGUGAAGAAAGUACAAAAUCCCCAACUAAGAGCUUGAAAGACGUGUUUGAAUACGAGGAAUUAAAAGAGCAUCUUCUUACAGAUCAAGAUCAGAAGAUUCGUGUCACUGAUGUUCCAGAGAGAUACCAGUUGUUGCGCGAGGGAAUAGAAAACUACAACCUUCCAGAUGAAGAGUUUGUUUUGAAACAGCAGUGGAUUGCCGAGAAGAUUUACGAGGAAAAAGCGUCUUCAUUUCAGGACCAAAAAGCUAUAUGGGAUCCCUUCAAAGAUUCUGUUUUCCAUGUUGUUGAGUUCAUUUCUCGCGAUAACUUGGAAGUGCCUACAAUCUGGAAUUGCAGAAAAGACUACACUUUGCACACUUAUCGUGAAGACGGCCAGCUUCGUGUUCAGAAAUUACUUAACGAGAACGAUCUAUGGCGGAUAGUUCAAUUGGAUAUUGAAUAUCAUGCAAUCUUGGACAAGAGGACCAGUGUUCGCAAAUUAUUUGAGUCUUUACUAGUCACAGAUCCAUUGUACGAUGAAUUUAUCAAGAGUGCGAAGAGUAUUGCUGAGUUACAGGAUUUGCAUGAUUACCUCAGCUUUGUCUACAGUGCUAAGUUUCGUGAUUCUCAUGAAAAGAAGCAUCACUCCGAUGGAGAUUCUGAUGCAUCCAACUCUAAACAGAGAAUUCAUUCUAGAUACAACAUUUUUGAGAGGAUAAGGUCCGAUAUAGUCUAUGAUGUCGUUAAGGUUAUGGGUAUCACCGCUGACCAUUUUGGCGAAAAUGUUAGUUCCAACACAAAGCUUUAUGUCACUGAAGAUCCCGAGAAAAAACCUGAAGAGGUCAUAGAAGAGGCCAUAUCCAAAGGCUCGUAUUUCGAUACUAAGGAGAAGGCCCUCAACUCCGUCAAGCAUAUAUUUUCUGAAGAGUUAGCACACAAUCCCAAAUUGCGGACACAUUUGCGUCUAGCUUAUCAGAAUUAUGCCACCGUCGAUAUUGAGUUGACCGAAAGAGGUAGAGUAGAGAUUGGAGAAAAGUCACCAUAUGCCGACUUCAAGUACGCUAUUAACCGUGCCAUGGAGUCGUUCACUUACCAGUCUGAUUUAUUCUUGCGAAUGCUGGAGGCAGAGUCAUUAGGUUUGCUUCAUAUACACAUAGGUCUCAAGAGCGCCUACAAGAACUUUGUUGAUCAACUAUUUUCAUUCCUCUCCUCUGACGGUACUUCUGAUGUCAGUAAUGCUUGGAACGAACUUAGAAGGAAUUGUUUGGAUUUAGCUCUUGGUAAGUUACUCCCAUCUAUCGCUCUUGGAAUUAAGGAAAAACUUGGUAGAGACAGUCAAAGAUUAUUAUUUUUUGAUAUUAGGGAUAAAUUUUUGGACAAGGUCGACCAGGCACCUUUCCAUCCUGUUUCAUCCGCUAAGGGCACGGUUCCACGGGUAUUGGCCAUGUCCAAUGGUGAUGGUAAACGUGAUGCCGCUGUUCUUGCCGUGACUAUGGAUUAUGAUGGUUCCCUAGUCGAAAGUGUGAAGUUUGAAGAAAAUUUCAGAGAGAGCGAAUUCGAAAAGAAGCUGAUUGCAUUAAUACAGAGGUUUAAGCCUGAGGUUAUUGCCAUUUCUGGAUAUACUCCCGAAGUAUCAUACUUCUUCAAGCAUGUGCAAGAGCUUGUUCAGUUGAAUAAGUUGACUGUGGAAACUGAUGCAGUCCCUGAAAGCAACGACGAAUAUAAGCAAGAUGAUGAUCUUAAGCAGGAGUCUGAGAGUAAUUUAAUUCCUCUACCUGUCAUUUACGUGCCGGAUGAGACUGCUAGAGUAUUUGAGCAUUCCCAGAGGGCAAAGGAAGAGUUUGGUGAUAAACCUCGUGUUGCCAAGUUCUGUGUUGGCCUUGCUAGAUACGUCCAAAGUCCACUUCUUGAAUACAUUUCAUUAGGUGAGGCCAUCUCUUCGGUGUCUGUGCAUAAGUAUCAGGACUUACUUCCAGCAGAAAAGUUUCGCUUUGCUACUGAGACUAUCUUUGUUGAUAUGACAUGCCUUGUUGGUGUGAAACUGAACGAUGCUGUUCGUUCGCAAUAUAUGUCUCAGAUAGUUCAAUUCAUCGCUGGGUUAGGACCUAGGAAAGCAGCUGGUGUGGUGAAGGGAAUUGAAAACACCGGAGGUGCCAUUGUGAGAAGAGACGAUUUGAUCAUAAAGGAGCUUACUACGAAGAAUGUGUUUAUGAACUGUGCAUCAUUCAUCGAAUUGCCCGUUCCUGACAGAUAUGAUAAAGAUGUGGAGCUCUUAGAUGCUACAAGGAUUCACCCUGAAGAUUAUGAGUUAGCUCGGAAGAUGGCCAGUGAUGCUUUAGAUUUGACUGAUGAAGACCGUCAAGCUGUUGAACAGGAGGAGGGUGGUGUCGUCGGCAAACUUUAUGAGGAAGGUGCAGAAAAAUUAGAUGACUUGUUGUUGGAAGGAUAUGCUGACCAGUUGGAGCAGCAUGGACACAGAAAGCGUGCUACCUUGGAGAUGAUAAAGGAGGAAUUGCAGAGCAACUAUGAAGAACUUCGGAAACCGUUCCACGCUUUGAUGCCGGAGGAAGUGUUUUAUAUGUUGACGGCCGAGACGAAGGACUCCUUCCAAGAGGGAUUGUUGAUUCCUGUUGUCAUUCAGAGAGUCGACAACAGAUAUUUGUCUGUUGUGACUCAAUCUGACGUCAGAGGCAAUAUUUCACGAGCUGAUAUUGUCCCGUACAAUGAUUCGACUAAUCUGCUGGCCCGUUUCAACGUUGGCCAACCUGUUCAAGCCGUUAUAAAGUCGGUUGAAUAUCCGGACUUCCGUUCGGAAAUGUCACUCUUACGCGAGGACGUUAUGCAAGCUAGGAAGGGCAUGAAGGUGGACAAGUUCAAGGGAUUAUGGGACUUCGAUGCUGAAGAAAACGAUAUUAAGAGGGAAGAAGAGUCUGAGAAGACGAGUGAAUCCGAGACCAAGAGGUUCAUUAAGCAUCCAUAUUUCCGAAACUUCAACAAUCAACAAGCAGAAGAUUACUUGGCCUCAAGGGAAAAUGGAGAGUUUGUCAUCAGGCCUUCUUCUAAAGGUGCAGGUCAUUUAACAAUUACGUGGAAGCUAGAUAAUCAGUUGUUUCAACAUAUUGAUGUGGUGGAGCACGACAAAGUAAACGACUAUACAUUGGGAAGGGUUCUUCAAGUUGGAGAGUUCCGAUAUCACGAUUUGGAUGAGUUGAUUGUGUCACAUAUUAACAAGCUACAUUCAAAGGUUGAAUCGAUGAAAAACUACGAGAAGUUCCGAAAUGAACCGGCCAGUGAUUCACGUAGCUGGCUUGUCCGCUACUCCAAGGCUAACAAGAACAGAUCUUGCUACUGUUUCUGUUUCAACCAUAGGGCACCCGGUUGGUUUUACCUAUUAUUCAAACUGAAUGAUGAUACUGACAGAACAUACACCUGGAACGUUAAGGUUCUUCCUACAGGCUACCAACUUCAUGGUAAUGUUUAUCCAGACAUGAUUCAUCUUUGCAAUGGUUUCAAGCGUCUCUUGCAGAACCAGUUGAGUGGAAAUGCUGGAUACGGAGGCUACCGCUAUUGA